AUGUAUUCUGGACCACCAUUUGCUAUGGCUAGUAGACAAAUUGAAAAUGGUUUAUUAGAUUGUAAAGAAUUAUUAGAUUCAAAAAUGUUUUAUAAUAUAACUAAUUCAAUAAAUAAUAAUUGUGGUACUACAACAACUACUCCUCCUCCUACUAAUAAUAAUAGUAAUAAUAGUAAUAAUAAUAAAAGUUAUCUAUCAUCUGGAAGUAAAUAUGAAUGUUACCAUCCACUUAUAUCAUCUAAUGAAGAACAAGUUUAUAAUGAUAAUAAUAAUUUAAAAUUUUUACCAAAAUGUAAAUUAUUAACAAAACAAUAUAAAACAAUCGAUGUACUAAUGAAACCGUCUACAAAUGAUGAAUUAACAUCCAUUAAAACAUCGAAUAAAUCUGUAGCAUUUAUUGAAUGUGGAAAUUAUAAAUUAGAUACUAUAGAUAAUGUAUAUCAUGAAUCUGAAUCUAUACAAAUGAAAACUAAAAUGAAAUCAAUCUUUGACAAUUUAUUACAUAAUAGAUUAUAUCCAUGUUGUAAAUCAAAUAUGAAGUCUAAUUUAUGUGCAAAUUUAUCUGAUUAUAUACAUGCAAAUAAUAGACGUAAACAAAUGAUCAUAGUGAUUAUUGUAUUAUCGAUUUUAUUAUUGAUUAUUAUUAUUAUUACUAUGAUAAUAUUGUAUAAAUUAUAUGAUGAAUCAUCAAUCUCUUCAUAUACAUUGCCGAUAUCAACAUCAUCAUCGACAUCAUCAUUAUCACCAUUACGAUUAUCAUCUGAGUUAUUCAAUCUAGAACCAUUACAGUCUACAUUGUCUACAUCAUUAAAACGAAUACCAAAUUUUAACAAACAACUUAAUACAUCUAAAGUUUCAUCUAUUAAUCCCAUUGAAAAUAAUAAUAAUAAUAAUAUUAGCAGUUAUGAUAACAGUAGUAAUAAUAGUAGUAUAGAUCAAAAAUGUAAAAUACAAAAAUUUUGUUUAAAUAUUAGUUGUUUACAAAUUGCCUCAAUUUUAGCUGAACGUUUAGGACGAUAUAAUCGACCGAAAAUUAUCAUAAAUCUAUUAAAUAAUCAAUGUUCAAUGGAAGAUAUUGAUGAAAUUAUUAAAAUAUUUUAUAUUGGUGAUGAAUUUCACUUAGCAACUCAUGAAAAUAGUUUAUAUAAAUUUAAACAAAAACGUUUAUCCACAUUAUGGUCAUAUGUUAUGAAUGAAUUACAAGGAUAUAUUAUAGAAGAUAAAAAACGUCCAUUGUUUCUAUGGAUAGAAAAAUUAGCUUAUCUAUUUCAACAUUUAAUUGAUCAGCAUAUAUAUAAGAAGAAUAUAACAAAUAUAACUAUGACAAAUACUACAACUAUGACGGUUAGUAGUACUGAUGAUCAAAGAAGUACCAAUGUAGAUCAUAGUGACUAUAAAACGUUCAGGCAUAAUAAGGAUAAAGAUAUUGAUCAUGAUAAUUUAUUAUUUAAAUCAUCCAAUAAUAAUAAUGAUAAUAAUGAUCAAAAGAAACAAUCAAUAAUUCAUGGAAAUUCCAGUGUAAUUUAUCAUCCCAUUCAAUUGAAUAAAACUAGAUUAAUUCAACCUAUUUUAACUAAUAAUGAAGUAUAUUCAUCAUUUAUAAGUUCAACAAUGAAAAUGAUUCAACCAAAUGAAUUAGAAACAACAAUUAAUAUGUCGUAUAAAACAGAAUUAGAACAAUUAAAUGAUUUAUUACAAUUAGGGAAUAUUGCAUUUCAUGGAUUAGACAACGUUCUUAUCAAUGUACAACUAAAUUUACGUGUACCAUUAUUCUUUUCUGCAUGGAUUGAACGUUCUCAUACUCCUGGUUUAAUGGACUCACUUAUACCAAUGUUGGAUAAUUGUGAACAACCAGAAUUACCAACUUAUGAAGAGUUGGAAAAUUAUAUUACAGAUAAAUCGAAAUCUUUUGUAACUUCCUCAUCGUCAAGAUUAUUCAAUACAUCACCUCUGGAUAACUUAGCAUCAUCAUCAUCAUCAUCGUCGUCGUCGUCAACACCGUUUCUAUGGAAUCGUGUUCAUGAAUUACAUAACUACAUUCAUCAUCUUGGUAAAUUAGCUUGGAAAGCAAGAUAUUCAAAUAUUCCGGACCAAUAUCUUUCUGAUGGAUCAUCUAAAUAUCUAAACUUUUCUGGAGUUCUACCUGUUUUAUAUAAACUUCAAAAGUUAAAUCAUCAUAGCCAAAUCAAUAGAACAAAUGCUCACAAAAUGACUAUACGUGAAUUAAUGCAAAUUACACAGCAUACUAUCAACUUUCCACGUUAUCUGGGUAAAUUAACUUCACGAAAUCAUUUGAUUAUAAUGCCUAGAGAUAUGCAAGUAUGGGUUACUAAUAUUGACUAUUACGAUAAAUUGGGUCGAGUGUUACAACAAACAUCGUUUAGCGAGUUACAAGACUACAUUACAUUUGCAAUACUUCACAAAUAUGGAGGAUACGUUGAUCAGGAAACUGCACAAUUAAAGAAUAAAUUUCUAAAACCAUAUGCAGAAAGCCUUGGAAUUGAUCAAGUUUCUUAUUGGCCAUUUUUGUUAGAUUUAGCUUCACCAGGAUUACAACAAAUUCUUCAAAGUCAAUGGAGUUCCAUUCAACUCAGUCAUGGAAUUAAACAAUUUCAGAAUGAAAUUUUAACUCCUGUACAAUCGAUAAUCAUUAAGUUGUUAAAUAGAUCAAUGCCUGGAACAACAAAAUGUUAUCAGUUAUUAAAUAAGAUAAGUAGUAUGAAAAUUCAACUCAUGUCAUACAAUGGUCAUGAUUCGAUGGGAGACUUUUAUUCUGAGUUAAAAAUUCAAUCUAAACAAAGUCUUUUAAUACAAUUAGUUCAAUUUAAUAAUUUUUUAUCACAAAAAGCAAUAUCUACUGAUUUGUCUACAUUAAUUCCAGAUCUUGGUCUUAGUUCUGGAGGUAGUAAACUUUUUCAAUAUAUCCACGAUUCUAAUAUAUUGGAAAUAUCACUUUUAUUAUUACAAUGGCCUUAUUUUAUGCCAGAUUUAUCAAUACCCAGAUAUUUAAAUUUUGGAUAUUUAUGGUAUUCAGUGACAAAAAUUAUAUCAGUUUUACUCACCAAUGAGAGAUGCUUGGAUGUAAGCAUUUUCUAUCAAGGUGAACAUGAUGAAUUUGACCAAUAUGUACGGAAAUUCCUCCUGGAUUCAAAGUUCAUGGAUCAAUGGCUAACAUGGUCUAAAACACCAAAUGUCUUUCAAUCAAUUUUAGCUAUUGAGAUCACAGGUCGAAUAUAUAAAGAUUAUUUAUCAAUCAAUCAUAAUCAACCAGAUUCUAAUUUACCAGGAAUAUUUCUUACACAUAAAGAAUUAUUCUACCAGUGGAUAUUUCAACUAAUCUGUCCUGGAUUCGAUUAUGCUAAUAUUAUAACGCAUAAUAAUGUUCUACUACAUAGUAUAGAAGAAUGUGAUGUAAUUCGUACAGCUUUGAAAUUAUCACCGACAUUUAGAUGGUUUAUGGAAUGUUCAUGAAAAGAACUCAACAACAACAAAACUUAUUUUUAUAUAUUCAUUAAAAAUCGAAAGCUUCAGUGGAUGGAUGGAUAUCUAACCAGAACAGAAAUUGUGAAUAAUAA